AUGAUGUUCUCGAAACCGGGUUUGGGUACCCGGAAAAUCCAUGUAUCAUCUUCAGUUUUCCAGACUUCAGAACCCUCUUUAGCUCUUGGUGGUUGUUCCUCACUGCCCAUCAAAUUCCCACCUCAGAAAUUUCAGAUUGUUAAAUUGAAUUUCACUUCAGAUAGUUGCGGUUCAAGACGAUUCCGGUUUUUGCACUCUGCCAGAGCUGUUUAUUCUCAUGAUAAUUCUAACCGUUCCGCUGCUGCGACUUCAGACAGUGUUGAUGUUGAAGGAAAAGACGAUUUUGUGACGAGGGUUUUGAAGGAAAACCCAAGUCAAGUGGAACCCAGGUAUUUGAUAGGGAAUAAGUUAUAUACACUGAAGGAAAAAGAAAAUUUGGAUAAAAUUCAGGGUUUGGAUUAUGGGGUGUUGGCGGGGUUGUUCAAAAGGCUGAAUUUGAAGUCGCUUGUAGCUAAAACCAGGGGUAAUAAUCAGUUAGGUGAAUCCCAGGGUGACGAAGAGGUAUAUCUGAAGGAUAUUUUACGGGAGUAUAAAGGAAAACUUUAUGUGCCAGAGCAAAUUUUUAGGUCAAAUUUAUCCGAAGAAGAGGAGUUUGAUAGAAACGUGGAGGAGUUGCCCAAGAUGGGGAUGGAGGAGUUUAGGAAGUACAUGAAAACUGAUAAGAUAAAGUUGCUGGUUUUCAAGGAAAAUAGUAUUAAUGGCUUUAUCGGUUCCAGAGAAUUUGUUGUGGAGUUGAAGGAAAUUCCCGGUGAAAAGAGCUUGCAAAGAACGAAAUGGGCAAUGAAGCUGGAUGUGAACCAAGCACAAGUUCUGCUGGAAGAGUAUACCGGGCCUCGUUAUGAAAUAGAGAAGCAAGCGAUGUCUUGGGUAGGGAAAAUGCCCGAAUAUCCUCACCCUAUAGCAUCAAAAAUAUCAAGUAGAAUGAUGGUGGAACUGGGAGUUCUUACUGCUGCUAUGGCUGCAGCUGCCGUUGUUGUUGGUGGGUUCCUUGCUUCAGCAGUCUUUGCGGCAACCAGCUUCUUUUUUGCGGUGGCUGUGUAUGUAGUAUGGCCUCUGACGAAACCAAUUCUGAAGUUAUGCUCUAGUCUUAUUUCUAGUGUUGUGGAAAGAGUGUGGGAAAAUUUUGUUGAUAUUUUCAUUGAUGGAGGUUUCUCGAAGUUGUACGAAGUUUAUACUUUUGGUGGUGUUUCUGCCAGUAUUGAGAUGCUGAAACCUAUCAUACUUGUAUUUGGGAUCAUGGUUGUACUUAUCCGGUUUACUCUAUCAAGGAGACCGAAAAACUUCAGGAAAUGGGACAUUUGGCAAGGCAUUGAGUUCUCUCAGUCUAAACCACAAGCCCGUGUGGACGGUUCUACUGGGGUCCUUUUUAGUGAUGUGGCUGGAAUUGAGGAAGCUGUAGAAGAACUUCAGGAGUUGGUGAAGUACCUGAAAAAUCCAGAAUUGUUUGAUAAAAUGGGGAUAAAACCUCCUCACGGGGUUCUUCUGGAAGGCCCUCCUGGUUGUGGCAAGACAUUGGUUGCAAAGGCUAUAGCUGGUGAAGCAGGAGUUCCAUUCUACCAAAUGGCUGGCUCUGAGUUCGUUGAAGUUUUAGUUGGUGUUGGUUCUGCCCGUAUCAGGGAUUUAUUCAAGAGGGCCAAGGUCAACAAACCAUCAGUGAUAUUUAUUGACGAAAUAGAUGCUUUGGCUACAAGGCGUCAAGGAAUAUUCAAAGAAUCAACCGACAACCUGUACAAUGCAGCAACUCAAGAAAGGGAAACUACAUUGAAUCAGUUGUUGAUUGAACUAGAUGGAUUUGAUACAGGCAAGGGAGUCAUAUUUUUGGGUGCCACGAACAGGAGGGAUUUGCUAGAUCCAGCUCUUCUACGUCCUGGCCGAUUUGAUCGUAAGAUAAGAAUCCGUCCUCCAAAUGCAAAAGGAAGAUUGGAGAUUUUAAAAGUUCAUGCUCGUAAAGUAAAAAUAUCAGAAACUGUUGAUUUAUCUAGCUAUGCCAAUAACUUGCCAGGUUGGACGGGUGCAAAGCUGGCACAGCUUCUCCAAGAGGCUGCUCUUGUGGCAGUUAGGAAAGGUCAUAGCUCAAUUGUUCAGUCAGACCUAGAUGAUGCGGUUGACCGGCUUACUGUAGGACCCAAGCGUGUUGGAGUUGAACUGGGUCAUCAGGGGCAAUCCCGCCGUGCUACCACUGAACUCGGAACUGCUUUGACUUCUCACCUUCUAAAGCGUUUUGAGAAUGCUAAAGUUGAAAGUUGUGAUCGCAUUUCUAUUAUCCCUCGGGGCCAGACUUUGUCCCAGCUUGUGUUCAAUCGCCUUGACGAUGAGUCAUACAUAUUUGAGCGCCGCCCACAGCUACUGCACCGCCUUCAGAUUCUACUUGGAGGGAGGGCCGCUGAAGAGCUGCUAUUUGGCCGGGAUACAUCAAAGGCAUCAGUUAACUACCUUGCUGAUGCGUCGUGGCUUGCCCGCAAGAUAAUCACAAUAUGGAAUUUGGAGAAUCCGAUGGUCGUUCAUGGGGAACCUCCUCCGUGGAGAAAAAGACCAAAAUUUGUUGGCCCACGGCUCGAUUUUGAAGGAUCGCUUUAUGAUGAUUAUGGCCUGAUCGAGCACCCCAUCAAUUUCAAUCUCGAUGAUGAAGUCGUAAAGAGGACAGAAGAUUUGAUGCGUACAAUGUAUGCCAAGACUCUCGCUCUGCUGAGGCAGAAUCAUGCUGCUUUGCUUAAGGCUGUAAAGGUUCUUCUUAAUCAACAAGAAAUCAGUGGAGAUGAAAUUGAAUUCAUCCUCGAUAAUUAUCCUCCUGACGCACCAGUAAAUCUUGUAUUGGAGGAGAGAGAUCCUGGAAGCCUUCGACUCUUCAGCAGAAAGCAAGAGCAGGAAGACAAACUCGAGCACAACUUAUUGACUUCUUGA